AUGGCACUGGUUUCAUGGGCACCCCCUCUCGCUGCCAUUGAAGCGGGCUUACACCUCCUAGCCCCUCUCGCUGCCAUUGAAGCGGGCUUACACCUCCUAGCCCCUCUCGCUGCCAUUGAAGCGGGCUUACACCUCCUAGCCCCUCUCGCUGCCAUUGAAGCGGGCUUACACCUCCUAGCCCCUCUCGCUGCCAUUGAAGCGGGCUUACACCUCCUAGCCCCUCUCGCUGCCAUUGAAGCGGGCUUACACCUCCUAGCCCCUCUCGCUGCCAUUGAAGCGGGCUUACACCUCCUAGCCCCUCUCGCUGCCAUUGAAGCGGGCUUACACCUCCUAGCCCCUCUCGCUGCCAUUGAAGCGGGCUUACACCUCCUAGCCCCUCUCGCUGCCAUUGAAGCGGGCUUACACCUCCUAGCCCCUCUCGCUGCCAUUGAAGCGGGCUUACACCUCCUAGCCCCUCUCGCUGCCAUUGAAGCGGGCUUACACCUCCUAGCCCCUCUCGCUGCCAUUGAAGCGGGCUUACACCUCCUAGCCCCUCUCGCUGCCAUUGAAGCGGGCUUACACCUCCUAGCCCCUCUCGCUGCCAUUGAAGCGGGCUUACACCUCCUAGCCCCUCUCGCUGCCAUUGAAGCGGGCUUACACCUCCUAGCCCCUCUCGCUGCCAUUGAAGCGGGCUUACACCUCCUAGCCCCUCUCGCUGCCAUUGAAGCGGGCUUACACCUCCUAGCCCCUCUCGCUGCCAUUGAAGCGGGCUUACACCUCCUAGCCCCUCUCGCUGCCAUUGAAGCGGGCUUACACCUCCUAGCCCCUCUCGCUGCCAUUGAAGCGGGCUUACACCUCCUAGCCCCUCUCGCUGCCAUUGAAGCGGGCUUACACCUCCUAGCCCCUCUCGCUGCCAUUGAAGCGGGCUUACACCUCCUAGCCCCUCUCGCUGCCAUUGAAGCGGGCUUACACCUCCUAGCCCCUCUCGCUGCCAUUGAAGCGGGCUUACACCUCCUAGCCCCUCUCGCUGCCAUUGAAGCGGGCUUACACCUCCUAGCCCCUCUCGCUGCCAUUGAAGCGGGCUUACACCUCCUAGCCCCUCUCGCUGCCAUUGAAGCGGGCUUACACCUCCUAGCCCCUCUCGCUGCCAUUGAAGCGGGCUUACACCUCCUAGCCCCUCUCGCUGCCAUUGAAGCGGGCUUAGACCUCCUAGCCCCUCUCGCUGCCAUUGAAGCGGGCUUAGACCUCCUAGCCCCUCUCGCUGCCAUUGAAGCGGGCUUAGACCUCCUAGCCCCUCUCGCUGCCAUUGAAGCGGGCUUAGACCUCCUAGCCCCUCUCGCUGCCAUUGAAGCGGGCUUAGACCUCCUAGCCCCUCUCGCUGCCAUUGAAGCGGGCUUAGACCUCCUAGCCCCUCUCGCUGCCAUUGAAGCGGGCUUAGACCUCCUAGCCCCUCUCGCUGCCAUUGAAGCGGGCUUAGACCUCCUAGCCCCUCUCGCUGCCAUUGAAGCGGGCUUAGACCUCCUAGCCCCUCUCGCUGCCAUUGAAGCGGGCUUAGACCUCCUAGCCCCUCUCGCUGCCAUUGAAGCGGGCUUAGACCUCCUAGCCCCUCUCGCUGCCAUUGAAGCGGGCUUAGACCUCCUAGCCCCUCUCGCUGCCAUUGAAGCGGGCUUAGACCUCCUAGCCCCUCUCGCUGCCAUUGAAGCGGGCUUAGACCUCCUAGCCCCUCUCGCUGCCAUUGAAGCGGGCUUAGACCUCCUAGCCCCUCUCGCUGCCAUUGAAGCGGGCUUAGACCUCCUAGCCCCUCUCGCUGCCAUUGAAGCGGGCUUAGACCUCCUAGCCCCUCUCCCUGCCAUUGAAGCGGGCUUAGACCUCCUAGCCCCUCUCGCUGCCAUUGAAGCGGGCUUAGACCUCCUAGCCCCUCUCGCUGCCAUUGAAGCGGGCUUAGACCUCCUAGCCCCUCUCCCUGCCAUUGAAGCGGGCUUAGACCUCCUAGCCCCUCUUACUGCCAUUUCAUACCUCCAUUACUGUGAAGGAGGUAGGGAGGAGGAGGAGGAGGAGGAGGAGGAGGAGGAGGAGGAGGAGGAGGAGGAGGAGGAGGAGGAGGAGGAGGUGGUGGUGGUGGUGGUGCACUCACCUCAGAGAUCCACGGCGUGA